AAUUAUGGUACUGAUAAGCACUCUUUUUUUAGGUGAUCCGAGAGUUUUGUGUUGCAUUAUGAAAAGCUGAUAUUUAAUUUUCACAAAUCUCCGAAGACUUCUAAUCACGUUUAGGAAGAGUGGAUCCGUUGAACGUUGAAUCCAAUAUCCAAAAAUCAUUCGUCGGAAUUGAAUGUGAGCGGACGGAAAGAGAAAAAUCGUUAAUAAAACGUGAAGAACGACUGUCAGAGAUAAAUAUGAAUUUAAUGAGAGAAGAACUUAAUCAGCAAAUCAUAACUGAAAAGAAUCGACCGAUUAGAAAGAAGAAGAUGUAUGUAGAGUGUGACCACUGUCGCCGUAAAUUCUUGAAGAAGAGUAACCUCGCCGAACAUCUGAAGCAACACAGACACAAAUGCGUCGACUGCCCGAAAACCUUCAGCCUGCGGCGUUAUCUGGCCUCCCAUAUUGAGAAGAAUCAUCGACAGCAGAUGUAUGAGUGUAGCGUGUGCAAGUAUAAGAGUAACAACAAGGGAACCUUGAAGAAUCACUACAUCCGGCUACACACGAACAACUAUGACUACGCGUGCGAUACGUGCGGCAAGCAGUUCAAAAUAAAAAAGGCUCUGAAUCAUCAUGUGAAGCAAAACCAUAGCGAAGCUCCGCCGAUUGUGUGCGACGUAUGCGGUCAUUUCAGUAAAAACCUCCACGCUCUCAAGGCCCACAUGAAAUAUAGACACUACAAACCAGAGUUUGUCUGUCGAAUAUGUCGACGAGGUAUGACCACGCAGGAGAACUUAGAGCAACAUCUCAUGUGGCACGAAACUAGGGAGAAGGUCCUCUGCCCGACUUGCGGCAAAAGAUUCCGGGGACGCGAUUUGGACUCACACAUGAGAGUACACACUGGAGUGAAGCCAUUUCCCUGCCCUGUCUGCGGAAAGACUUUUCGGCGGCAAACUGCUCAAGAACAACAUGUGUUGAUCCAUACCGGAAAAAGACCUUACAUUUGCGAUAUUUGUGGUCAGACGUUCGCCCAAAAGCCCGGCUUGAUCUGUCACAGAAAGAGGCAUCCUGGCCCACUGCCUCCGCUACCUGUAGUCUCUAUCAAGAACAUUGUCACCGAAUUCACGAAGGAAUACGCGAUGAAAAACGCGGUCAUAAAGAUUGAAUAAGAUGUAUAUGAAUAAGAUGUAUUUGUAGUAUUUCUAGUACAACAUGAUGAAAUGAAUUGUGGAUGUUAAAUAUUUCGUGAUUACAUCGGUAGUAAAUUUGGCAUAAAAAAGAUCGCGAUGAUAAAAUAAGAAUUUGAAAAAGUUAUUAUUUA